GUUCGUUUGGGUGCAGCCAGUGCAGCAGGAUGCCGGAGCCUUCCCGCUCCACUCCCGCCCCAAAGAAGGGCUCCAAGAAAGCCAUCACCAAGGCGCAGAAAAAGGAUGGCAAGAAACGCAAACGGGGCCGCAAGGAGAGCUACUCCAUCUACGUUUACAAGGUGCUGAAGCAGGUGCAUCCGGACACCGGCAUCUCGUCCAAGGCCAUGGGCAUCAUGAACUCGUUCGUCAACGACAUCUUCGAGCGCAUCGCCAGCGAGGCCUCCCGCCUGGCGCAUUACAACAAGCGCUCGACCAUCACGUCCCGCGAGGUGCAGACGGCCGUGCGCCUGCUGCUGCCCGGGGAGCUGGCCAAGCAUGCCGUGUCCGAGGGCACCAAGGCAGUCACCAAGUACACCAGCUCAAAGUGAGGCGCGACGAGAGCGCCCCCAACCCAAAGGCUCUUUUCAGAGCCACCUUCCAAACUCAAAAAAAGA